UCAGACGGGGCUGAAUUCACUGCUUUAGAAUAACCAGCCAGGCACGCGUUGUGACAAAUUCUGGACUCCUACCAAGCGAAGCAUUUCACGGGUGGGCAACGCUUCUUCCUGCUCGCAACUCUCUACGACAAUCACAAUCGCCGAUAUAUCCACAAGAGACAAAGGAUAAAAAAGAGAACAAAGAACGCUGUUUUGCCAUAAUCACGCCUGUGAGGUGCUGUAGCUGUUGAGCCGGUCGACCAGGCAAAUAACAGAUUGAGGUUGCUCCUUUGAGAACAGUUUGACCGUACUCACCCUCGCGUGAACAUCACCUAACUCCGUCCGUCAUCGACUGCCAAGACAACAGGGAUCAAUCCUAUUAACAACUUCAACGACAUGGGCAAGCAAGAAGAGGGCCACAUUAAGAGACCCAUGAACGCGUUUAUGGUGUGGAGUCGUGGUAAGAGAAAGCAGUAUGCUGCGAUAAAUCCGCGAAUGCACAACUCUGAAAUCAGCAAGCGACUCGGAGCCGAGUGGAAAAUGCUUUCACAAGAGGAAAAAGAACCGUUCGUAGCCGAAGCGAAGCGACUGCAGGCCAUCCACAUCCAAGAGCACCCCGACUAUAAGUACAAGCCGAAGCGACGCAAACCGAAAUCACUGCAGAAGAAAGAGCUAGCGGCCCCAAUGUUUUCACCAUACAGCGCCCCAAUGAUGGCGGUCGAUAAAUUCUCAACGAAUCAAUUGCCUCAAACAAUAGCUCAUUCAACGGCUUUGUCCGCGGACCCAAUGUAUUCCAAAAUAAACGGAGCAGCAGCGUUUCAUCACUCGGUUUCACCAGGAUAUCCAGUGAUUUACCCCAACGUAACCGCAGUGAACACUCACCAUUCGGUUACUCCACCAUCGCGUCAGCUAUUCGCAAGUUCCUUGGACACAACGCAUUCAUUCCGCGCCGCCGCCGCCGAUGUUAUGAGCCACAACAGAGCUCUUUAUACCAGUCAAGCCUUCCAAACUGCGCUACCUUCCCAAAUGCAGCAGAGAAUUUCUAGCGUGGACGAAACACGAGGCGCUUCUAUCAGUAGUGGAGCAUCUUCCAGUCCGACCGCUUCAAGCAGCGACGCGCCAAGCAAGUCCAAUGGUUAUACAGUUUCCACUGCUGAACUGAAUGGACAACGCGUUUGGCAGCCUCAACAGGAUCUGUCCCGACCAGUGGCCUAUGUCCCGAUAACUAUGAAGAGUAAAGUCCGUUUUCCAGCCCAUUUCAAUUUUGCCUAGUUGUAUACAUUUCGAUAUUUGAGAAUAAGUAUAUAUCUCAGUAUUAUUUUUUGCCAUAUGCUUUAAGUUUACUGCAUUGUGAAUGCCUGAAAAUUAAGUCGGCCUUCACUUGAGAAUAAACUUUUUUUUAUGCUGUAACGUGCAGCGCCACAAAUUUUGGCGUUUAAGGAAAACAUUUUUCUUUUUGUUACCUGAAUCGAAAUGUGAAAUACAAAAGUGACUUAUUAAACCCUAUGUAUCAGUAGAAGGUACGAACUUUGUUGAACAAGUAUUAAAAAUUUCAAGUUUGUAUAUGGAAAUCUUUCGUAUAAGUCUUCAUUUUUUUCUCUUGAAAAGGUAGCAAAUUAUUACAUAUCAGAAAUGUGCUGAUAUUUGAAAAGAAGUAUGUAAAAUCCUUCUCUGUGUAAUAUAAGAGUAAAUAAAAUAGUGAUGUGAAGAA